AUGGAAAACUCCCCAAAUAUUACUAAACGCACAAAGGAUGUCUUCCAAUCAGAAUGCCCUAUUCCAGAAGAGGCGGAGCUUGCAGAUGCCCUUGGCAAUACAGAUCCCAACGCCAACUGGGGGGCGGAGCCUAAUUUCAACCUCAACCUCACUCGGACAUCACCAAGCAACCCCCGCCCAGCCAUAGAGACCUCGAAGCUGCAUGGAGCGAACAAAAAGGAUCAUGGGAACAAAGGAGGUGGGGCAAAAGGAGCGGUUACUAUGGAAACUGGCAAGUCAGCAAGCACCCUGAUGACCCGUGUGAAGUCACCAAGGGAAAGAGAUGAUCCAUCUCGACCAAAAAGCAAGAUUUCAGCUUUGUCUCGCUCACCAACAGCGGAGGCGUUGGUGAACAGCAAAGAUGAGCAAAGUUUGAAAUCCCCAAACCCCAACCGACCAAAAUCCCCAAAUCAGAGGGCUGAAAUGGCACUGCUCAGCACCAAGGCUCCUCAACCAAGUUCUUUAAGUGCCAAACUGUCCACACAGAGGAAAGCUUCCGGGACCAGAAACAGUAACGCAUCAGGGUCCAAGGAGAAUCUUGAUGGUAAAGAUUCAAGCGUCAGUUCUGGAUCCAAAACCAGUUCCCAAUCCAGUUCAAAUUCUAAAACCACAACCAAGGACAGUCUGGACUCCAAAACCCUCCCCGAUUCCCAAGCCAGUCCCAACUCUAAAGCAGCAAUGGGGUCCAAAGAUAGCCUUGAUUCUAAAAGCGGUUCUGCUUCCAAAACAAGUUGGGGAUCAAGGGACAGCUUAGACUCCAAAACGGGCUCCAAUUCCAAAGCCAGUCCCAAUUGUAAGUCCGGGAUGGGAUCCAGAGAUAGCCUUGAUUCUAAAACUGCAACGGAAAUUAAAACAAGCAAAACCAAUCCAGAUUCUAAGACGGUUGUGGGUUCGAAAUCUGGCAUUGGGUCAAAGGACAACCUAGAUCCUAAAACUCAGACUUCAGACUCUAAAGCCAGUUCAAAUCUCAAAAGCAGCCCAAGUUUUAAACAGGGCUCUGAAUUAAAUCCCAGCUCUAAUUCUAAUGUCUUUUCCAGGUCUAAACCUGGUCCGACCCGUUCUGCUUCUUCUAAACCUUCUCUGGUGGCGUCUGGCUCUAAGAGGGACCUUGUUGGAUCUGUUUCUGGAACUUGUCUGUCUGGGUCCAAAGACAACAACCCCAAGGUUGCAAGCUUCAGUGCUAAACCCAGUCCAGAUGUUAAAGCUUGUUACGAUUCUUCUAAGCCUGGACCAUGUCGGUCUAGCUCAAAGUCAGCUCUGGCAGAUAUGUCACCCUCCUUGAUACUGUCUCCUACACCAAGUCCGGCAAGUAUCAGUCCUGGGUCUGAACCUGGCAAAGCUCUUGGUCCUAAUCCGGCUGGACCAAACGGGGACGUCCCGAGGAGUCCUGGUUCUGAUCCAGAUUCUGGUGUGAUUUCAGGCCUGCUGGAUCCUCUGGCCACCUCCAGCCCCAAAACCAGAACCACUGUUGCGUUGACAAUGAUGAAAGGAUCCACAUCAGCGCCUGCGGCUGUUGCAUUAAACACCAGCAGGACAUCCAUUAAUAUCAGUCUAACUCGGGGUCUCACCUUUGACUCUAUCACCAAGACAUCGGCAAAAACAGAUGCUGCUGUUGACGAAGAACAUUUGAAACUGCCGGAGACCAAAGUGACAGCUGUACAAGAACCGGCAUUAUCCCAGGGUGCCGUGCAAGGGGUAGAUGUGACUGACAACAUAGGGUGGUUGCCAGGAGAUGGAAAGACACUGGGCACCCCGCUGAGCAAACCAAGUCAACUGGGAGACGGAAAUGCCAUCACCAUUGGUAGCAACAUCCCAUCGCCAAGGGCAAGGGGUGUGGAGAGGAAAAAGGAAGACAAGAAGAAGCAAGAGAGGGGGAAACCGAAAUAUGGUCCAGGGAGUUCUUCAUCUCCCUCUCCUUCAUCACCCCUAAAUCCUCUUGCUAAGCUUUCCACUUGUCCAGCGAGCUCCAAGACAGUAAGGGAGAUCGCGACCAUGACCAGCCCGAAUGAGAGGCUUCAUCUGCAGGCAGGGGAGCGCAGAGAAGUGGGCGUCCAAGUGGAGGUGGUCGAAUGCUCGGCUUCCACCAGCUCCAGCCGCCACAGGGGGGCUCCCUCCUCCCCGAUUGGCUCUCCCAGCUGCAAGGCAGGUAGUUCGAAUCCUCCGACCGUCCCGUCGCUGUACUGCAUCCCCGCCGGGCAGCCGCCUUUCCAGCACGUCUGCAAGAUCGACAUCGAGCUGUGCAGCCAAUUGGCGCUUCCGUCAGUUGGAGUUGGGCGGGCUAGUUCCCUCCCCGCCUGUAUGCGUACGUACAGCUUCCAGCAGGGCCCCGCCGUCAUGCCCGAGCUACAAUUCAGACAAAACCAAGACGUGAGCGCUGAGAGCAUCUGGGAGGACGAGGAGCAUGACGAGGAGAAGGUAGCAAGGGAGCAAAACAAGGAGGAAGAGGAAGAGGGUGGAGAGGAAAGGGAAGAGACGGGGAAGCCACAGGAGGUGGCGUGGGACCAACAGGGAAGGACGUGGGAGGUGUACGGAGCCUCGGUGGACCUGGAGUCCCUGGGCACUGCCAUCCAGUCCCACUUGGAGUCAAAGAUUCGGGAGCAAGAGAAACAUAUCCGGACUCUGAGGAAAUCCACCUGCUCCGACGGCAGCCUCACAGGUUAUAAGAGGAAGAAGAGGAGAGGAGGGAUUCUGGGAUGCUGCAGAAAGACGCCCAACGUGACUGACUAA